AGGAGGGGCAGAGAGGAGCGGUUAGAGGUGGGAGUUGGCGUUGCGGGCCGGGCGGGGGCCGCGGAGCUGCAAUGCGGACGGGAGCGCGGCCGUGACCGGAGCUGCCGCCCGACAUGAACUCGCUGGAGCAGGCAGAAGAUCUCAAGGCUUUCGAGAGGAGACUUACGGAGUACAUUCAUUGUUUGCAACCUGCCACUGGACGUUGGAGAAUGCUUCUUAUAGUGGUCUCUGUCUGUACAGCUACCGGUGCCUGGAACUGGUUAAUAGAUCCUGAGACACAAAAGGUGUCCUUCUUUACAUCAUUAUGGAACCAUCCGUUUUUCACUAUUAGCUGUAUCACUCUAAUAGGCUUGUUCUUUGCUGGAAUACACAAGAGAGUAGUUGCACCAUCAAUUAUAGCCGCUCGGUGUCGAACUGUGUUAGCAGAGUACAAUAUGUCUUGUGAUGAUACAGGAAAACUAAUUUUGAAACCUAGGCCUCAUGUUCAAUGACAGUCUGCACUCAUUGUUACGGGACCGAAAACAGCCUUUCUUCAACUGAGUGGUAUAGAAAAAGCCAUAAAGGAUUCCUUUCAUAGUUGGAUAUGUGAAGGUCAUAGCAACAACUGACAAGAAGUGUGCAAUAUUUACCCAGAUAUCUUGAUGAUGGUGACUCACAUUAUCAGUGCUUUGGUACCUUUGAUUAUCUGUGUUGCAGUAUUAGUGUCACUUUAGUACUUCAGAUCCUGUGAAGAUGUUCGCAGAUGAAGUAUGUAUGUAUGUUGCUAAGUUAAACUUAGAAACAGAACCUCAUCCAGUUUUUAUAAUGUAUUUUUGAAAACUACUGUAAAUAGCAAAUCAAUGCCAAUGUUAAAGAGGAAAACGUUAUGUGGACUUGGUUUUCCUGCACCAGUAUUUCAGGAACAUCUUGCCAUCCCUACAGCUCUCAAACCAGCCGUUCUGUACAGCUGUGCCUUUCAGUUACGCUCCUCUCUUUUAAUCUUAAUGCAGGAAAAACAGAUUGGGCUUAGAGAGGAAAAGUCAUCUCCAUUAUGUUGUAAGAAAUUAGAAAUGUAUUGAGAAACAGUUUUUAUUAAACCAGAUAGUGAACUUCAGCCACUAUUGUGGUGAUAUUUUCCUGUUCAUUGUUUUCAUUUAAUGCUAAGUUUACUUUGUAUUUUUAAAAAUAAUUUUAAGAACACUCCAAAGGCUUCUGAAUAUACAGGUUUAGUUAUAAAUUAUGUCUGGGAAUUUGAUAGUCAUUAGAUAAUUGGAUUUUAUGCUUUGGUAGACAUGCUGUUACACAAGUAUUGCACAGGUGUAAUUGAUCAACCACUCCAUCACAAGGAGAACGGGAGCGGUGCCACAAACCAGAGUCUACCAUUCUCACUGUUUAGAGAGUGUUAUUGACAUACUGUGUAUGCAUAUUAGCCACAUGUACUAUAAUAGCCCUUAAAAUUAAACUAUUGGGAUUGCUGUAGAUAUUUUAAAGAUCUGGAGGUGCCUUUUACCUGUUUAUUAGAAGAUUUUGAAAAGAUUUAAAUUAUUUCAUGAGCAGUCUUUUAAAUUUCGUUUAACAUAAAGCUGAAAAUUCACUAACAGGACAAAAACGUUUUAACAAGGCUACCAUUUAACUUAAAUGUGUUCAUCUUGGCUUUCAUGUGUAUAAAAUUUUAUUCUUUGAAUUGUAGCAAUAAAACCCUCUGCUCCUAAGAUGUCUUAAGAGGGUAUUCUAUAUAUUCUGCAUUGUUUUAUUUUCUGUAAAUUUUGUAGGUAAAUAUGUGCAUAAAAAAUAAAUACUUUAUA